AUGAAUGAGAAGCUGAAACUCGCGCCUGCAUAUUUGCUCCCCAAUUGGAGAGCCUUUGUCCAUCCAGAAGGGCAAAUAUAUUUUGCGCGAUCCACGCAACCGGUCGUGGUCACCGAGGCCUGCAUUUCCAUCCAGAAAGUCGGAGAUGAGAUUUCUGCCUGGACGGCGCUGAUCGAGGCUCGGAUCGUUGACCUCGGGAUCUAUCUCACGGCGUCCGUAGAAAUUUGGAUGAACUUGGGCGAGACAGAGGGGACGUUGCAGUACUAUUUCAUCGACCAUUCAAAGCACUCCGUUUUUUGGCUCGAUGACUUGCACACGGCGGCCGUCGGUCUUCCCGAAUCGGUGUCUGCGUCCCAUCUUCAGCACGCAAUAGAGGAGAAUUACUGGAGUCAUGUAGAGCAAUUCCCGUGUCAUGGGCAAGGGGCUUCAUUGUCUGAGGUCGACGAUCUCAUUAACAUCAUGUUCCAUGCUCGCGCAGCUGUAGAUCAACUGACAUCGGACAACUCUACUUUUCCGUACACGGCAGAGGAAUGCGCCACCUUCCUUCAGUUGUUGCGUGAGAGCCGAGAUCGCAUCUCGGACGCUCGGAUCACUUGCUUUGUCGCACGGAUAUGGGGUGUCAUCGCUCUACACAGACACCAAAUCCACUACGGAGAGGAGGUCUGCCGGUUGUCAAGAACACAGCCGAUUUUGGAGGCUAUGCCAACGAAGUCGAGCUUUGUCCACCGAGCACUCUCACGGGUGCUAUUCGGCGUUCCUGAAACAUACCGGUCACAGCUCGAUGAUCUCUAUGUGGACAAUAUUCUCUAUCUCUCUCAAUGGGAAAAGUUUGUCAAGGAAGUGUCCGCUGAGUACAGGACCUCAACGCAAUGGGUACGUCGACACGCCUACCCUGGUUAUACUUACGCUGGCUGA